GAUACAGUAUGUGAUCUGGGAGGAAUCGCUGAGCUAGCGAAUUACGGCGAAUACUCGGGUGAUCCGUCUGAAACAAUGACAUUCGAAUAUGCAAAAACCAUUCUUGGUAUGCUCACCGAAGGCCAGCCCCAUCCAAACGGCAAAGUUCUGAUUAUUGGUGGCUCAAUUGCCAAUUUCACCAAUGUCGCUAAUACUUUCAAAGGGAUUGUGAGAGCAUUUGAAGCAUAUCAGGAACGUUUGCGUGAACAUAAAGUCACAGUGUAUGUACGUCGCGGAGGACCCAAUUAUCAAGAGGGACUGCGAAAGAUGAAAGAAAGCGGUUUGUUAUAA